CGCUCAAGUUGGAGGGCUCCGCUUUGGCAGUUGAGCGUCCGGGGGGCCCCCACUUCCGAACAUGGCCACGCUAACCAGCAGCUCCCCUUUGGACCCGGCCGGCUCCGGCUCUUCCACCUCCCUCGCUUUGCCUCUGUCGGAUGACAAGCCCAAAGCGAGAAACCAUUUCCAGUUCGGCUCCCUCUUCCCUAGCCGGAGUGAACGCUUCGUCAUCGCCCGGAGCGACAGUGUGCCGGAAGAGAGCGUCCUGAAAAUCACCAUCACGGAGACCACCGUUAUUGAGUCGGACCUGGGCGUCUGGAGUUCUUACGCCCUCACCUACCUCACUCUCUGGUUCUUCUUCAGCUUCUGCACUCUUUUCCUCAAUAAGUACAUCUUGUCACUGCUGGAAGGAGAACCGAGUAUGUUAGGUAAGUAA